CAGAAUAUUUCAGUUAGAGCUGGAUGCUCUAAGGAUGGUCUACAAAAAUUGGCCAAUGCUGACAUAUACAAGGAUAUUACAUUACAUAAUACUGAUGCGAACACCAAUAAAAUUAAUAUUUGCGGCAUCACUGAUCACAAAGAAUUCUUCAGAUCAACUUUCGGAGAAAUUUUUAAAAAGUGUGACAAGAAAAUGGAAGUAAAGCAAGCUGAAGCACCACCAGAACUUCUUAAUGUUGUUAAAUACUUGAGAUCUACAUCACACCUAAAAAUCCGGCAAGGCAUUUUAAACGGAAAGAGAGUGGACUAUUUCAAAGGGAAAUCUGCUAUAAAGGCCCUUUUAAAAGAAUCUUAUGGAAAAUUAAAGAACGUUCCAAAAAUUACCGAUGAAGCUGAGGCAUCUCGUGUUCUUAGUGAAGUGAUGGCUCAUGCUUUUUACUUACGCGUUGAGCGUUCCGGAGGUGAAAGUGGUGCUCGUAAUAAACCUUUAUCCGUUACGUCUGUACAACAAUGGAGCGAUGACCAAUAUUAUGCUUGGUUUUAUGAAGGAUCACAAUUGAUGAAUUAUUUGGGAGGGUUUGGGUUAAUAGGAAUCGUUUUUGCUGCAGUAUUGUUUCCUCUUUGGCCACCUAUAUUACGAGAUAUGACUUGUGCUGUUCAUUAUCACGAUGAUAGUCGUACCUCCUGGCAUAUGGAUAUUUCCUAA